CCAUUAUUCCUCACUAUGCUAUCCUUUUUAACACCCUUCCUUCCCCAACCUAUUGCAAAACACACACAAAAACCAAAAAACCUUCAUCUCUAAGCAACUGAUCUCUUAGCAACAAGAAGCACCUUCAUAAGAGAUGCCACACAGAGUGGUCAUCAGAAAACCUGUUCUGAUCUUUAAAAGGAGCACACCCGAUAACACAGGUAGCUCUCAUCAGGAACUGAACGAAGUAAUAACAAAAGGACACAGGCAAAGUAGACUUUCUUAGAAAAGAUGAUACUGGAAACCCUGAAUCUGAUGCAUUACAAUAUCACCAGAGUGGUGCCAGAAGUGAUGCCAACUGCCACCGUGCCCAUACUCCUCCUCAUGUGCUUUCUUUUCCUAAUAUGGAAUUAUGAAGAAACAUCAAUACCAGGGCCUGGUUUCUGUAUGGGAAUUGGUCCCCUCAUUUCACAUGGGAGAUUCCUUUGGAUGGGAGUGGGCAAUGCCUGCAACUAUUACAAUAAGAUGUAUGGAGAAUUUAUGAGAGUCUGGAUCAGUGGAGAGGAAACACUCAUUAUUAGCAAAUCCUCCAGUAUCUUCCAUGUAAUGAAACAUGGCCAAUAUAUCUCUAGAUUUGGAAGCAAGCUUGGGUUACAGUGCAUUGGCAUGCAUGAAAAUGGUAUUAUAUUUAAUAAUAACCCAGCACUCUGGAAAGAAAUUCGACCUUUUUUCACCAAAGCUUUGUCUGGUCCAGGUCUCGUGCGCAUGAUAGCAAUUUGUGUUGAAUCAACGAAAGACCAUCUGGACAGAUUGGAGGAUGUGACUGCUGGACCGGGAAACAUCAAUGUGCUGAAUUUUAUGAGACAGAUCACACUGGACGCUUCUAACACACUCUUUCUAGGGAUCCCUUUGGAUGGUACAGAUAACAUUCUUAUAUCUCAUAAUGGAUCCACUUUUAAGGUGCAUAUUCACACAAAAUUUCCCAUUGCCAUGAAUGGGGAGUUUUGCCUGAAAAAUGCCAUUGUGCUUAAAAUUCAGAACUACUUCGAUGCUUGGCAAACACUUUUGCUGAAACCUGACAUCUUCUUUAAGAUUUCUUGGCUGUACAAGAAAUAUGAAAAGUCAGCCAAGGAUUUGAAAGAAGCAAUUGAAAUCUUAAUAGAACAGAAACGACAGAGACUUUCCACUGUUGAAAAACUGGAAGACCACAUGGACUUUGCAUCACAACUGAUUUUUGCACAGAGUCGUGGAGAUCUGACUGGUGAGAAUGUGAACCAGUGUGUGCUGGAGAUGAUGAUAGCUGCACCUGACACACUGUCUGUGACUCUCUUCUUCAUGCUAGUACUGAUUGCAGAGCACCCUAAAGUGGAAGAGGAUAUGAUGAAGGAAAUCCAAGCUAUUAUAGGUGACAGAGACGUACAGAGCAAUGACAUGUCAAACUUAAAGGUUGUGGAGAAUUUUAUUAAUGAGAGUAUGAGAUACCAGCCAGUUGUGGAUUUGGUCAUGCGCAAGGCUUUACAAGAUGAUGUAAUUGAUGGCUAUCCUGUGAAAAGGGGGACAAACAUCAUUCUGAACAUUGGACGUAUGCAUAAGCUUGAAUUCUUCCCAAAGCCUAAUGAGUUUUCUCUCAAAAAUUUUGAGAAGAACGUUCCUUCUCGCUACUUUCAGCCAUUUGGAUUUGGCCCUCGUGGCUGUGUAGGAAAGUUUAUUGCCAUGGUAAUGAUGAAGGCGAUCCUGGUGACUCUUCUGAGACGGUACAGAGUACAGACCCCGAAAGGAAGAGGCCUUAACAACAUCCAGAAAAGCAAUGACUUAUCCAUGCACCCAAAUGAACGACAGCCCUUUUUGGAGAUGUUUCUCAUGCCAAGAAGAAACAUAGACAAGUGUCAGGAUGACUAACAACACAUCACUAGUGGUCUCAGAGGUCUAAGGUUUCUGAGGUUGUAGUCAAAUUCUGAGAAAUGUCCACCCUCCUAGGUGCAGUCACGCAUGCUCUGAACUAAACAUUUUGUUGUUCUUAAUGCAUUGCUGCUCUAGGUGAUCACAUGUUCUGCUGCACAGCAGAACCAGGUUCUGGUCACUAUUCAAAACUGAUAAAUAAGUUCCAAGUAUAUAGACAAGUGCUGUCUUCAGUUGAUGAGAUGUUGCAUGCAGAAACUGUCAUUACUUUUUAAAAAACAUCCAAUUCAAACAGAAUUCUGUUCUGCUUCUGACACUGCAAGUCCUGAGUGUUCCAUGCCUGCAGGCUUGCGUGAUAUGGUUGGGAUUCGCUGUGAAGGGUUUUUGUUUUGUUUUGGCAGAGGUGAGCCCCCGCAAGAAGCAUCAUCAGCUGUUGUUAUAACAGGUCUAAUUAUCUGUCAUCAAAAACAUUUUAGUGAACACUACUAAUGUAUGAGAAAUAAAGUAUAAAGUAUGAGAAACACUGGGAAAUGUAUAACUGUAUUUAUCUAUAGCAAUUACUAAAUUCCUCUAAGGGUAAUGAGGAUAUAGCCAGUUUACCAAUAUACUGUCUAUAGAAUGAGAAGUUUGAAACAAUUUUUCCCUCUG